GUCCAACCGCGCCGGCGUCGGUCAGCACGCCCUCCUACUGCGGCGCCACUCCGCCACGUGACCGGGCCGCGCCAGCCUGCCCCUGGCCAUGGAGGCGGAGGUGUCAGUUCGCGACGCGGCCGCCUCGGUGCUGGUGGCGCUGCUGGUCGGCUUCCUGGUGCGCCGCAUGCUGAAGCGGACGCCGCGCGUGCUGACCCGCGACACCCGGCGCGGCCACCGCUGGUCCCACACCGGCAUGUUCUCCCAGCCGAGCUACUGCAACAUCUGCGAGUCGCUGCUGAUGACGUCACAGGGCGCCUUCUGCGACGCAUGCGGCGUGUGCGCCUGCCAUCCGUGCGUGCGCUCGGCCAACAAGCAGCUGACCUGCAAGGCGGUGACGUCACGCGAGACUUCCCACAAACACCACUGGGUGCAGGGGAACCUGCCGUUCGACUCGGCCUGCGAGGUGUGCGAGGCGGGCGUGGGCGACUCGCCGGCGCUGGUCGGUCUGCGCUGCUGCUGGUGUCAGCGCACCGUGCACGACGAGUGCAGGAGGAACAUGUCCGAGGUGUGUGACCUGGGCGAGUUCGCCGAGUUCGUGGUGCCGCCGCACUGCGUCAAAGUGCGCGCCACCCGCACCGUGCCUCGCCGCCUGGCCAUCUCCCAGGUCGCGGAGCCCGGCGCGGCCGCCAACAGAGACUGGACGCCGCUGGUGGUGAUCGGUAAUCGGAAGUCGGGGAACAAUGACGGCGAGCAGGUGCUCUCGGCGUUCCGGAGAUAUCUCAACCCGGCGCAGGUGGUGGACCUGGCGGAGCAGCGGCCGGAGGACGGCCUGGAGUGGUGCCACCUGGUGGGCUCCGAGAGGUGUCGCGUUCUCGUGGCCGGAGGUGAUGGCACGGUCGACUGGGUGCUGAACGCCAUCGACAACCUCAAGCUCGAGCAUGAGUUAACCGUUAUCAAGCACAUUUUCACGCCGAUCACCAGCCAAUGA